AUGCAGGAUAAAGCAUCCCCGACCACUUCUGUGGGAACUCCCACGAAGGUAAAAACCGACAGCUGGAUGGAGGACUCGUCGAUUGCUCGGUCAUUGUCAACGCUAACGACCAGCGGCUCCGGAAAGCAGACUAGAAAGUUUUCAAACAUUCUUGAAAUGGAACGGUUCAACGAUACUAACAUUAUAUCGAUGGACGACAAUAGUACUACCAUCGACUAUAAUCCGAUCGAUGACAUUCCUGUACUUCCUGAUGCAGAUGAUUUACACGAGAGUUUACUCUAUAUUGAUAACACAAAUAUACCUUCAAUAGACACGUUGAAAAAUCUCUCAUCAGAUAUUUCCCCCAAAGGAAAAGACGCUGCACUGAGCACUUUAGAUGAAAUAGACAUUUCUAUUUUGACCGAGUGUUUGGAAAACGAGGAGGAUAUCGAAGAACCAGAUGAAGUAUGGACCUGGGAACAACUGUUUGCCCAAUUAUCCGUAAAAAUCAGCACAGAAACAAAGGCACCCGUUGUAGAAUUCAGCAACUGA